AUGGCGCCUCCUCUGGAUCUCUCCUCAACUCACACAAAGGUCAUGAUUGCGCCUCCGAGGCUCAACCUCCGUCGCAACGCUUCAUACAACAACUACGACAAGGCGCCGCUAUCGUCAACUUCGGCUCGGUUCAGCUUCAACCACCUGCUCUUCUCCCCUCCUCCCUCGCCGAGUCUUCCUGUGCUGGUCCCGCGGCCAAAGAAGUCGCCUGCCAAAGUGCUCAUCGCUCGACCAAGCCGAGUCCUGCGCUACAUGCUCUACCUUGUCACGCUUUUCACGACAUUUUACUUUGCCAGCCUCGUCUUCCGCAACAAGGAGUCCAUCAUAGCGGUAUGGCCUCACUUCACCACCGAAGAGUUUGAAAUGGUCGGGCAGGAUGCGUUGCCGGAGUUCCCAACGCCCAUCGUUGUCAGCCAUAGCCACUCGCGGUCAAAGUGGACCGUGUCGAUUCCGCACAAUCACGACUUUCCUCUGUCUGUCGAAGAGUAUGCUGGCAUGGGCAGCAAGUGCCGCGAGGUCUCGGCUCAUACCAGGGAGCUGCGCGGCAAAGCCCCCCCGACUGACCAGGACAAGCUCAACUAUGACGCCGUGGAUGAGUAUUUCGUGGACGUGCAUGAGGCCGAGCGAUUUGGACUGUUGCCCACAGCUCAACAUGGAAGUGCUGCCGGCAAGACGGGGCAGUUUGUUGGCUUGAACUGGGAGUCCAUGGCCGGGCUGCCCGUCUGCAAGGCAUCCGUCACGUAUGUGUUGGAGAGCUCCGAUGCCGGGCUGGGGACUGCCGUCUUGGGCAUGUGGAUGCUCUACGGCCUGGCGAAGCACGACGGACGGGCCUUUUUCAUCGACGACUCCCGCUGGGCUUAUGGCCAGUACACCGACAUCUUCCAGGCACCGCCCCUGCCCGACUGCCGGCCGCCUCCUCGACAUCAGAUGCUCCCCUGUCCGGCGCAGGCGAGGCAUCUAGUCGUCACUGGAACAACGCUCAAGGACGUCUUUCCGGCGUUGAUGGCUAAGUAUCACCGGGCCGCAGGCACCAACAACAACCUCCGAGACUUGAUGGGGUUGGCAAGAUCUGGUUAUGAGGCGCUCUUCAAGCUCAACGGCGAUGACCAAGGCUUUGUCCACAAUCGUGUCAAAGAGCUGAGGAAGCAGCAAAUGGAACGAGAUCCGGCCCUCCCCCCGGUACCCAUUGUCGGAAUCCAUGUCCGACGCGGCGACUCGCACCCCUUGGAGUAUCAAUAUCGCAACACGUACAUUCCGUCCGAGGUGUAUCUCAGCAAGGCCCAGGAACUGGUCAGCACGUACUAUAGCUCCACUGAGAGUCAUGAAUCCUCGAAGUCAAACCGAUCCAUCACCAUUAUCGCCUCCGACGAUCCAGCCGUCUAUAAGCAGCCCGACUUCUCUGACGCCCUGAUAGCUCAAGAGCGCAUCCGCCUGGCCUCGAAGGAGGUCGCUCCGCGAGAAGACGUCGACCCGCGCGUACUGCAUCAAUUCAAGGAUGAGGGUUUGGGGUGGGAGGGCGGCUUCUUCGCGUCCAUGUUUUGGAACCUCGGCUUCGACAGGAAGCACAACGGCCAUGCAAACGGAGCGUCGUCUGGGCGAACUGAACCGCCCUCGGAGCAGACGCUUCAGCUGCGCAGCUACAUGGGCAGGGCGUACAUGCUCGACCUGGCGGUUCUCGCGGGGGCAAGCGACAGGAUUGUGUGCACGGUCAGUUCGAUGGGGUGCAAGAUGCUGGGGGUCAUGAUGGGAUGGGAGGCUGGCAUUGAGGGGGGAGGCUGGAAUAACGUCGACGGCGGUUAUCCAUGGGCGUGGAUGAAUUGA